AUGGGGGUGCAAAAGGCAAUGUGUUUAGCCCAAUCAACUGAUACACGAGUGGCCCGACUCGAGAGGUCCAUUCCAGGGAUGAUCGAGAGUGCCAUACUUGCUACACUCACCCUGCUUCAGACUUUUGUUGAUGCUUUGAUGGUGAGAAUCACAACUUGUGAAAACAGACAGGGAAAGUCUUCUGAGGUUUCAGCUUUAAAAGCCGAAGUAGCAGAUCUGAGGAAGGAUGUAGACUAUCUAAAGACUAUUGACUUCGGUUCAUUAAUAGAAAGGGAAGACGACCUGGACGUGCCUGAGACCUCGGGGAUCCCUCUGGCUACCACCAGAUAUGUGCAGAGGGGUGGCACAACAGAUGAUGAUUCAGAUGUAGGGACAGAUGAGGAGCUACUAGCAACACCUGAGGAGGAGAUUGUAGAGAGUCGAGAAUAA